AUGCAGUUGACAGGCCACUGGCUCCUGGAAUACCACGAAGAAAAUGGAGGGAUCAUGAGGCUCCUUAGGCUGGCGUAUUGUUGGAUCACAACUCUCCUCAUAUUAGUACAGUUUGGAUUCCUCGUCUGCUUCCUCAUUCUUGAGACCUAUGAUGCAGACCAAAUGGCAGCGGCGACAAUCACAACGCUGUUUUUUCUACACAGUGUAACCAAAUAUUUAUAUUUCGCUUUGAGAAGUAAAUAUUUCUACAGGACACUAAGUGCUUGGAAUCAGGUCAACUCUCAUCCAUUGUUUGCUGAAUCGAAUGCUAGGCACAGGGCAACUGCUCUGUCCAGGAUGAGAAAGUUUUUAAUGAUCAUUGGAGUCGGAACGAUAUUUUCAGUUUUAGCAUGGACAACGGUAACAUUUCUCGAUGAACCGUACAGAGAUAUUACCGACCCAGAUGAUGUGAAUUCUACAAUCACUGUCGAAGUUCCGCAGCUAAUGGUGGAUGCUUGGUAUCCAUGGGAUGCAAGAACUGGAAUGGCUUAUUUUCUCACCUUUAUUUAUCAGUUAUACUGGUUAAUCAUGUCCCUGAGCCAUGCAAACUUGCUUGACAUACUGUUCUGCUCAUUUGUAAUAUUUUCAUAACAUUUACUGAAGCACCUUAAGGAAAUUUUACAGCCUCUGAUGGAGUUAAGUGCAGCUUUGGAUUCUGUAGUGCCAAAUUCUGGAGAUCUCUUCAGGGCAUCAUCUACUUCAUCCAACAUCCCACUAAUAGGAAAUGAUGUAAAUGAGUUCGACGUUCGUGGAAUAUACAGCAACCAACGAGACUUUUCCGGAUUCCAAGGCGGCGCAAUACCAACAAAUGGCGGUAUCGGGCCAAAUGGACUUACAAAAAAGCAAGAACUUUUAGUCCGAUCUGCUAUCAAAUACUGGGUCGAGAGACAUAAGCAUGUUGUCAGAUUUGUUACAAGCAUUGGUGAUUGUUAUGGUUCCGCACUUCUGCUUCACAUGCUGACUAGUACUGUAACACUUACCCUUCUUGCAUAUCAAGCAACUAAGAUCGAAGCUGUUGAUGUUUAUGCAUCUACUGUCAUUGGGUACUUAUUAUAUACACUUGGACAGGUCUUUGUGUUUUGCAUUCAUGGGAAUGAACUCAUUGAAGAAAGCUCAUCUGUGAUGGAAGCAGCUUACAGUUGUCAUUGGUAUGAUGGGUCCGAGGAGGCGAAAACAUUCGUUCAAAUUGUUUGCCAACAAUGCCAGAAAUCGCUCACCGUCUCUGGUGCAAAGUUCUUCACUGUAUCACUGGAUUUGUUUGCUUCGGUCCUAGGUGCUGUAGUCACCUAUUUUAUGGUGUUGGUGCAGCUCAAGUAA